AUGCUGAUUACUCUAGAAUGCAUUCUACUUGCGUUACAAGCGGUUGCUGCAGUUCGACUUGCAUUAGAAUCACCUUUUGAAAGUGCCAGUCCAUCAAACAAUAGACUGUCAAAACGAUCACCUGUUGAAUUGGGUGGUGUGGUACCACUUCCUAGUUCAAGCAACGAUAUAGGCUUGGCUCCAGAAAGUACUCCAAGUGGGGAACCCGUUACUAUAAAGUACAAGGGCGAAGAGUAUAAUGGAGUUACAUCCACAGCCACUGUGACAAUUCCGGGUACUAGUAUAACUGACAUCAAUUUACCAGUGCUAGCAGUUGAAAAACAAUCGGCAGAUUCGGUUGGUAUCAAUCCAAAUCUUGAUGGAAUAUUUGGGUUUGCCUAUCCCUUGUUAUCAAAUCAACAUCCACAAGUCACUGCAAUGGAUGCUUUGUAUAAUGGUGGUGCCAUUCCCAGUAACGAGGUUAGUCUUCAAUUGUGUCAGUAUGACAUGUUGCAUGAAAGUUUCAUCAAUAUAGGAAACACGGAAAUAACUCCAAAAUGCGGGACAGAUGGAAAAAGUGUUGCAUGGGUACAAUCACCAACAAACAAUCAGUUUAGUAUCAACAUCAAGAUUUUGCCUGAAAAACUCGUGGCUACGUUGAUCAAUGCUAUUCUUGAUAGCAAUGCGAUCACUUCUAAAAACAUAUUACUUAGGCGCAAACUCGACAAAGAAAAGGUUAAAAAAAAACUACAAGCAAAUUCUCCAAUGUUCAAAUACAACUACAAUAUCAAGUGGGAAAAGCUGCCAACGGUUUCAAUCGUCAUGUUUGCUCAAACCCCCGUAACUUAUGACAAUAGCAACUCCGUUGUAACGAUCAAACUGGGUCCUAGAGACUAUAUGUGGAAAUAUGAUUCUGAAAAAUUUAGAUUUUCUAUAAAAGCUGGUUCAAAUGACAAAGCAGCUCUUGAUAUACCAUUUAUGAGCCAACUUGCAGUCACAUUUGAUCGAACACAUAAACGCAUUGGGUUUGGUCCUGGAUGUGGAUGCGAAACUGCAACCAGCGAAUAUCCUACUAUUUCAAACAGUGAUCGAGUACUCUGGCCAUUAACACAAUUGACUGAACAACCAAGUACUUCAGGUUCAGAUGGUGCAUUUAUUCGCAAAAGGAAACCAUAA